UCCCGAUUCUUCUUCAUCCAGAUGUGGUUCUUCAGACUCCGCACUCACCAGUGCUGUUUCUUGCUGUUCAAUGCCAUCCUCUUCCACGCCUUGUUGUUUGGAGCUGACUUUGUGGAAGAAUACUUGCUUCAAUCCUCCCCGAACACCUACACAGAUGCCCAAACCCUAGACAUCAGAGAGAGGGCACGGAAACUUACCGUGGGUUACAUCAAGAGCAACGCUUCCCAGUUCUUCUGCCUGAGCAGCUCAGGCGCCUGUGGUCACAGCAACAUCUUCCUUCUGUCCAUCAUCUCCAGUGACGUGGAAAACAGCAGCCGCCGGGAUGUGAUCCGCAGAACCUGGGCAAAUGUCACCCGGGUCCGAGGCUACUCGGUGCUGACCUUGUUUGCGCUCGGGAUGCCUCGCACGCCAGAUGCUCAGAGCGACAUCCGCAGAGAAUUCGCAAAGCACGGGGACUUAAUCCAAGGCAAGUUCCUGGACGGUCCUGAGAACCUGACUCUCAAGACCAUCAUGAUCAUGCAGUGGGCGGUGACGUUUUGUCCCAAAGCUUUAUUCAUUCUCAAAUCCAAUGAGGAAUCCUUUGUCAAUUACGUGAGCUUGAUGGGCUACUUGUUGGGUUUGAGGAGACAUGCAGAGGACCUGUACAUUGGGAGAGUCCAGCACCAGGACAUGCCCAACAGAAACCCUCUUGAUGCCAACUUCGUGCCGGUCAGUCAGUAUGCGAGUCAACGCUACCCCGAUUACUGCAGCGCCGCCGCCUUUGUUAUCUCACAAGAUGUGGCCAGGAAAAUCUACGUGGUAUCCGCAGACCUGGGCAGCUCAUUGCCUGAGGCUGUGUUUGUUGGCAUCUGUGCCAAGCGAGCCGGUGUAGUGCCCACACACAGCUCCAGGUUCUCCGGCAAUAAACACAUCCGGUUCAACCGCUGUUGCUACCAAUUCCUCUUCUCUUCCUACGGGCUGAGCGAUGAGGAGCUGGGGGCUAUGUGGGAGGAGAUCAGUGACAGCAGAGACUGCUCAAUGCUGGAAACAUAUUCUGGACUCAUCAAGUGUAAAGCGUUGACUUACCUGGACAAACUAACCUAACUAACAUAG